AAAAGAAACCUGAACGAAACUCCAGGGAUCCAGGGACAUGGCCUCCUGGGGACAUAGAAAGGCAUAAAGUCUGACUCUAGUGGCUGGCAGUACAGAUUAGAUGAACAAGCUACAGAAGACUCAACCAUCCAGAUAAGCAGAAUAUGCCCCUUGGAUGGAAGAAAUGACCAGCCUGAAUGAAACCACAGGAAGCCAGGUGACUGAAUUCAUUCUCAUGGGCAUCACAAAUCGUCCUGAGCUGCAGGGCCCCCUCUUUGUUGUGUUUUUUCUCAACUACAUGGCCAUAGUUGUGGGGAACCUGGGCCUGAUCAUCCUGACCAGUGUGGAUUCCCACCUCAAGACCCCCAUGUACUUCUCUCAGCAUCUGGCAUUUGUUGAUCUUGGCUAUUCCACAGCUAUUGGGCCAAAAAUGCUAGUUGGAUUCAUAGAGGAGAAAAAUAUCAUUUCUUAUUAUGGAUGUGCAAUACAGCUAGUUUUCUAUGUGGCAUUUAUUGCCAGUGAACUUUUUAUCCUCUCAGCCAUGGCAUAUGACCGUUAUGUUGCUAUCUGUGAGCCUCUCUUCUAUAUGGUCAUCAUGUCAGACAUGGUAUGUUGGCUCUUGGUGGCUGUCUCAUACCUCUAUAGCACCAUGGUAUCCAUACUGGUCACAAUAAAGCUUUUUAAAUUAUCUUUCUGCAAAUCAAAUAUAAUACGACACUUUUACUGUGAUGGUGCUCCCCUAUUGUCCAUUACCUGCUCAGACGCAAGUGAGAUUGAACUCAUCAUUAUGAUCUUUGCUGCAUUUAAUUUUGUUUCUUCCCUUCUUAUUAUCCUUAUCUCCUACAUGUUCAUUCUUAUGACCAUCCUCAGGAUGAACUCUUCUGAGGGCAGGCACAAAGCUUUUUCUACCUUUGGCUCUCAUCUCACUGGGGUGGUUAUAUUCUAUGGGACACUUCUCUUCAUCUAUCUGCAGCCCCCAAAUACCCAUUCUUUUGAUACAGACAAAGUGGCCUCUCUGUUUUACACUCUGGUCAUCCCCAUGCUCAACCCCUUGAUCUACAGUCUGAGGAACAAAGAGGUGAAAGGUGCCUUGAGAAGGCUCUUUGAAAAAAUCAUGUAAGCCUUCUUUUUAAUGUCCAAUGUGGUAUGUAAUUCCACUGCAUUAUUCAAAGCAAGUAAAUAUGUACCAGAUUUUUUUCAA